AUGGGGACGUGUGAGAACCAGCUCUUCCCCCCUACGGACUUCCCGACACGACCAGCCUACCUGAAGUUCAAGAACUUGAAGAGUGGGCUGAGCUAUUGCCAGUAUGGGGUCCUCAAGGAGGACGGCAAGGAAAUCGAGUGCGAGGACGUCCCCCCAGAUGUGGCGAGUGGCGCCGAGUCAACGGCUGAGCAGAAGGAGAAGUACAGACCGCAGGUGCUGACAAAGUGCGUGUGCACCCCAGGCACGGAAUGUAAUUCCGUGAUUGCGAAUGCCGGCGUGGCCUCUGUUGCCUCGACCAUCUUCGUGAGGGUUGCUUUGGGGACGCUCCUCGAGCGCUUCGGUCCGGUGAACGUUCAGUGUGGCUUACUGUCCUUUGGGGCCUUCUGGGUGGCAAUGGCGGCCGCCAUUACAGCUCCAUGGAACUAUACGCUGAUCCGCUUUUUCAUAGGUUGCGCAGGCGCCACGUUCGUGACCAACCAGUUCUGGUGCUCGCUGAUGUUUUCGCCCAAUGUUGUCGGCACGGCCAACGCCACUGCGGCCGGUUGGGGCAACUUGGGAGGCGGCGUGACCCAGAUUUUUAUGAUGUCUGUACUUUUCAAUCCUAUGGUGGCCUCCGGGUUGGAGCCGAAUGUCGCUUGGCGUGUUUGCAUGGUGGUGCCAGCGGUCAUGUUCGUGGUCGUUGCCAUUUGCAUGAAGCUCAUGUGCUGGGAUAUGCCUACGGCACGCAACUACGAUCCGGCCGUGACCGGCAAGACACAAAAACCUUCGAUGUGGGACUAUGUCGAGGUGCUGCGUGACGUUCGCGUCGUGGUCAUGAUAUUCCAAUAUUCCGCGUGUUUCGGCACAGAGCUCGCAAUGAACAAUCAGUUGGCUACGCAUUUUCGGACAUACUUCCAGAUGGAUGCAGGUGAUGCCAGUGCCCUGGCGGGUGCUUUCGGUCUUAUGAAUCUGUUCGCUCGAUCACUUGGAGGCAUCAGCAGCGAUGUUUGCUUCAAGUACUUCGGCUUCCGCGGCCGAAUUUGGGCCCAGUUCCUGGCACUCUUUUUCGAAGCUAUCUUCCUAUUCAGCUUCGGGAACGUGGACAAUUCCCAGCCUUGGUACGUGGCAUUGGCAGUCUUAGUUUGCUUCUCGCUCUUUGUGCAGAUGGCUGAGGGCACCUCCUACGGCAUCGUGCCCUUCAUGAACCGGAAGCAGCUCGCAGUUGUGUCCGCGCUUGUGGGUGCCGGUGGAAAUCUCGGGGCCGUGAUUGCAGGCUUCUGCUUCUACAGGCCGAUCGAGGAUGCUCUGCUGCCUUUCCAGGUCCACGCGGGCUAUGUAAGCCUCCUCGACUACACCCCCUGCUUUCUCAGAAGCUUGGUGGAGGCGGACUCUGAGUAUGCGUUGCUCGGGGCACUAAAUUACUGCCCUUGGGGCUGCACGGUAGAAAGAAAUGGAUCACAAGCAUCCUUCAGCAAUGCUUGCGCGGAGUAUGGCUGCCUCGAACAUGGCAGCGCACAGCAUGGCUACGACACUGGCGCCCGCCUGUGUGAUUGGCGCGGCUUGGGCGUCAACUUCACUGAGGCCUUUGCUUCAGAGCCUCACUUGCAGAUGUUUGGUUGUGCUGUAGGCUUACCCACAACAGUGCCACACUUCUGCCACGUUCCAGUCUUUGAUGUGGGCUUACCCACGUGUGACUUCUGCACUCUUAAAGUGGGCGGCUCUCUCAUGCUUCCUGUAUGGGCACAUGGGCCUCCCCGCGGUUUCAACGUCUCGGAAUACGAGUUUCCUCUGGCUUUCGAGUUCUUCGCUGCUCUCUCGACACGGGAGUGGGGACCUCGGUUUGGGAAGUGUUACCUCGCGGUGGCUUUCCUUGUUGCUGCUUCUGUCGUCCUUCGUGGGGUGUAUGAAGCGGUUCAGCGGGACGGAGAGGAGCCAGGCGACAACGCUGCUGCUGUCGUGACUUUAGAGCAGGCUAAGGCCUCUCGUGGCUUGGCUGCGGCGCACGGGCUCAAGAGCAAAGUUGCUUUGAUCCUCAAGGAUCACCAGGAAAGCAAGGGGCCAGAGGGCUUCAAAGCUACCAAGUCGUGGAUCCGUCUUGUUGAUGGUAAAUGGAAGGAAGCAUGGGUCGUUGCCCUGUCCGACGAGCUCCCUUCGUGGGGUCACCAACCUGCUGUUGUUGAGUGCAAAAGUGUGCCUGAACAGGUCAAGCAAGCCACUCUCAAGGUCACCAUCCCGAAAGCAUUUCAAACGUCAUUUGAUUGGGAUGAAACCGUUAGGAAACCUGCGUCGGCGGUGAGAGCGAUCCUUCCUGAUGACCUUGCGGUGCGUAGUUUUGGAUGGCAUAAAACCGAGCAGCGUGACGAGGCUAUUAGUGGCUUCCUCAAACUUCCCGAAGCUUCCAGUUUGCUUGUUCUUGGGAACUCGGGCGCUAAGGGAGUUUUUGUCAAGAGAGUCGACAACCAGUCUGACCCUAGUGGGCGGGCCUUUGUCAAGUGGCUUCCCGUUGACAAGAUGAAAGCUCCGGCGUACUACGCUAUGGCGAAGCGAGAAGCUGAUAAAGCUAAGGUCCCUCUUGCCUACAGGGCAGGGGGUGGAUCGUGCCUGGGCCUUAUCGGUGUCUCCCCUGGGGAGAAUGAUUCUGAGGCCUCUGUCAAACGUCGCUGGGCUGCAAAAGGGGUUCCGUCCACUUGGUUUCCGGCUCAGCUAAAGCAACUCCUGGAAUCUCAGCACUGGAGAGUUAUCUCUGGCAUUCAAGCGCCGGCUAAGCCAAAAGGUGUGUGGACGUUCAGCGCUGCACCGCCUCAGGCACAACCGAGUGGUCAAUGGUUCCUGAAGUGUGGGGACCAGGGUACGAUUGAGAUUUCACCUUGGUUCAAGAAUACUACCAGAAUCAUCUCCCAGCCCAUCCGGGCUCCGGCUGCCUGGGUGAGUCGGGUUAAGGACCCCCCCAAGGAAGCCGCGAAAAUCGCGGAAGUGACUGAGAACUCCCACGGUGAAGGGUUCGAUGGCCAUGUCGCCCCCACCCAAAUUGAUGGCUCCCUGCCCAGUGAUUCCGUUGAAAUUGACAUGAAUGACAAGCGUGAUGAGCAGCAUGAUGACAAGCGUGGAGAGAAGCAUGAUCGCACCGGUGUUUCCUCGCCCAACAAACCCCAAAAAGCUCAGCGUGUUGACUCGUCCAUCUCGCCCCAGGAGUCCGGCUCUUCAGGCCCUGAUGAUGUUAAGAUGUGGGAUUUGGGAGGAUUCGGAGAUUGCGGCUUUCGCUGUUUAGCUGCAAGCAACGCCCUCAGACAGGGAGCGACGGUGGCAAAGUUGGAACCCAAGAUUGCAAAAGUGGCGCUUUCUCUCAGAACGCGGGCUGCUGAUUGGCUCGACAGUAAUCAGGGUGCUUGGGUGCUUGAGUGGUAUCCUGAUGCUGACUGUACGGAGGAAACGGAAGGAGGCUCACUCCCUCAGGAUGCUUCCCAAUACCUCGAGGCUUGCCGGCGCCCCGCCAAAUGGCUUGACCCAUGGAUGACGAUGGCCGCCGCACAUGUUCUGCAGGUUGAGGUCCUGGUGUUUAAGCAUGUUCAAAAGAAAUGGAAAUUUAUCGAAAGAGUUGUGCCGAGACACAAGACCAACAGCAACCCUUUGUUCCUUUUCCUGAAGGACCAACACUUCUACACGCUGCACCCCGAAGUUUCUCCGCCUGCCAAGUGGGCCAAGCUUGGUCUUGACGACAACCGGCCCCUGAUCAUUCCCCAGAGAGGGCCGUUGCUGGUGGCUCUUCUGCGGAGCUCCGCCCAGUGCUCUCGGAAGAUGGGCAUGUAG